GUGUGUGUGCGUGCGUGUGUCUGUGUGUGUACGUGUGUGUGUGUGUGCGUGUGUGCGUGAGGGGCUGAGUGCUGUGUGGAGGCUGCUGAGGUGCUGAUUGUCUUAUUGUGCUGCUGAGAGGCCAUGAGAGAAGGUCCAUGACAGUCAGGAAGGCUUUUUAAUUAACGGCUUGGACAGGUUGUCACUGGGCACACACUGUCACAAAUGGUCGCCGAGCCCCCCUUGAUCACUGAACAAUACUAGCAAACAAAACCCAUCGCUACUCUCCCCCUCCCUCACUCUGCCUCCAGCCACAUCAGACCUAGCAUGCCAGGUGAAGGGAACGCAACAAACUUCACUCUGAUCCCCGACUUCUUUGUGCUGCCGCUGGUGGGGAAGGUUGCCGUCAUGGAGGCCUUCAUCUACGGCUCCUUCACGCUCCUGGCCCUGGUGGCCCUGGUGUUCCACGUGUUUGCCAUGAAAACAAAGAGCCAAAUCUCUUCGGCAAACAAUCCACACUUCAAGCGGUUUCAGCACUCAUUCUUUUUGGUGUACUUCAUGGCACUGUUCUCUGACUGGCUCCAAGGACCUUAUGUUUACAAGCUGUAUCAACACUAUGGUUAUGCAAGCAACCAGAUUGCUCUCCUGUAUGUUGUUGGUUUUGCCAGCAGUGUUGUGUUUGGGACAACCACUGGGCCCCUGGCUGACAGGUUUGGCAGGAAGAAAAUGGCCUUGACAUUUUGUGUCAUGUAUUCAUUCUGUUGCCUGACCAAGCUCAGCUCACAGUUCUUUUGGCUAUUUUUGGGACGUGUGUUUGGUGGCAUCUCAACCUCUAUGUUGUUCUCCACCUUUGAGUCCUGGUAUGUGUAUGAGCACACAGAAACACAUGACUUCCCCAAUGAGUGGCUCUCGGUGACAUUUUCCAAGGCCACUUUCUGGAAUGGUGUGCUGGCCAUCAAUGCUGGGGUGUUCUCCAACAUAUUUGCUGAGUCCUUGGGCUAUGGCCCAGUCGCCCCAUUCAUGCUGGCCAUACCCUUCCUGAUAAUGGCCGGCUUGAUCAUUAUGAAGACGUGGAAAGAGAACUUUGGUAACCAGACUCUUGACCUGAGGCGCUCUUGCAUGGAUGGCCUGCGCUCUAUCCUAUUCACAGAGACCAUCCUGUACCUGGGCAUCGUACAGUCCCUGUUUGAGGCAAACAUGUACAUUUUUGUGUUCCAGUGGACCCCAGUGCUUAGCUCAGGCAACCCUCCCCUGGGCAUGGUGUUUGCCAGCUUCAUGGUGUGCAUCAUGGUAGGUUCCUCUCUCUAUUCCAUUAUGCUGGCCAAGAAGUUCACCGCCGAGCAGCUCCUAGUAUGUGCUGUAACACUGGCCGUCCUCGCCAUGUCUAUCUGCGUCUACUCCACGGGAGAGACACACCUCUACCUGUCCUUCCUGUCCUUCCUCAUACUGGAGGUGGCCGUGGGCAUGUACUUCCCCGCCAUCGGGUUCCUCCGCUCCCAGGUCAUCCCCGAGGACCUGCGUGCUGGCAUCAUGAACUGGUUCCGUGUGCCAACCAAUGUAAUCACUUGUGCCAGUCUAAUGCUGGUGCACAACAACACCAUCAUCAGCUCCACCCAGGCCAUGUUCACCAUCUGCACCGUCAUGCUGCUCGUGGCCGUCCUCAGCAGCCUCAAGUUUGUGAAGCUAUUUGGCUCCAGCAAGGUGCCACUCCCCCAGAGUGAAGACCAGGUGCCCCUGACAAAGGCCGAGUCAUAAAUGUCAGGUAAGCCGUUCACAUUAGGGGUUUGUUUUGUACAGUUUUAGAUAUAUAUAUAUUCAGUAGAGUUUUUUACCACUAUACAUUAUGUCAUCAUUUCAUCUGCAUUUAUCAAUUUGUAUUUUAGCCAUUUGAUUAUAAUUGAUUCUUGUUUCAUGUAGUAAAUCUCAUUUUGUUGUUGGGGGUCAAAUGCAUUGCUUUUUGGAAGGACAUCAGACAUUUUCUUCCAUUAGCGUUGUUGAGCCUGCAUUCAUUUUAAGUUAAGAGCAAAGCCUGGGAAGUGUCUGCAAAAUAAAUGGUAUAUCUCAGAUGCUGUUGUGGCUAGAUUGUGAUAGAUGUAUAAGGUUGAAUUAUUUAUAUACCGAGAGUUAUAUGAGAAAUUUGAGAAUUUUGAAUACUGUACUUUCCAUUCAAUAUUUUUUACACUGUGAUGGUGGGUAUGUUUUACUUAAAUAUCUUUAUAUAUAUAUAUAUAUAUAUAUAUAUAUAUAUAUAUAUAUAUAUAUAUAUAUAUAUAUAUAUAUAUAUAUAUAUAUAUAUAUAUAUAUAUAUAUAUAUAUAUAUAUAUAUAUAUAUAUAUAACCAAAAAGCACCAUCCAUGUUUGCUAGUGUUGGCCACUGGUUCAUCUGAUGGUAGCUCUACUUACUGUCCAUUAGUAUGUAUAAAUUUUAUUUAUUAAGAGCCACAACCCGUUGGCUCAGUACCACUUUGUUCCUUGCCCUCUUCAGUCUGUCUGUCACAGCUCAUCCCUCAGUGUUCACAAGCCUCAUCCUCUCCACCUCCUCCAUCCUUUACAUAUUCAGUCACCCCAACAUUGUCCACAUUGAGUCAUUCAUCCUACACUUGAAAUUACUAAUACGUGUGUCACAUGAAGAGCACAAUGAAGUGUUUUAUUAGGAAUUCAUAUUCAUUCAAAGAUAAAGUAACAUAACCCUAGUGAGCUUUGGUUAUAAAUGGUGAUUUAAGAAUCCCUACCCCACCCCUGCAGCUAGGCAGCCAAGACCAUAUAGAGAGAGUUCUGUCUCUCUCUCCAAGAAGCUCCCAGGAGUUGCUGUAGUAGAAUAUUUGGGAGGCACCAGAAUGAAACUCACAACCUUUUGGUCAUGAGCCGAGCACCAUGCCCAUAGAGCCACCUGGCCCCUGUGAACUUUGGUUAAUCUGGCAUUGACCACUUGGUUCAGUCACAGCACCAUUGAAUUCACAAGUCUGUGAUUUAUAUGUAUCUGAAAACACAGUAUAUGGUGCUUCUAUGGUUACUGUCACCUACAUGUUUUAUCUUUCAGUACAAUUUUCCAGUUAGAUUAUGUACCCUACACUGCUAAUUACUAGCACAAACAUCACCAUUAGCUGAUUUGUCCACCUUUGCUGGGAAUUAGUCAGAAUUGAGACCUGACUUUCUCCACUGGACAAAUAAAAGUGUGAGGUCUUUGAAAGACUGUAUGAAGAGUGUAGAGAAUCGGUUGCACAAGUGUGAUGAAUUUCUACUGAUAAGUUUUAAUGAAGGAAAAUUUUGACUUUGGAGACAAUGUAUAUAUGGUUAUUUUGAAUUUAAACUGUAUACUUUCAAAUGCCAGCAAUACAUUUCAUGGCAGAAUAAGAACAUGAGCAUAUUUCAAAAUAUGCAGUGCUGCCUUGUACAUAAAAUUGUGAUAAUUUCCAGUUCUAGACGUAAGUAAUCGUUUUAGGCAUUGGAGAAGGCUUAGUGGUAAUUUGAUUGGCUUAAUUGUAAGUCUUCAGAAUUUGUGAAUUUAUCAUUUCGUAUUUAUUUAAUAAAACACUGAACUAAACAA